AUUCAGAUGACCUAUUUACCUCGACCAUUAAAAAUAGCGGGCGACAAUAGCUCAAACACUAUUUUUAGUGCGUAUCUUCGAAAUCUCAAACCACACACUGUUAUCUUUACGUGUCUAGUCUUUACCUUGUUUCACAAACAGUAGCGAGGAGCUGCGCAACGCAGCGUGUUCGUGUGAGCGCGUUUCACCAAAAUCGAUAAAACCGCGCUCUACUGCCAGUACGAAUUGUUUUCCCCUGAACAUUAGUGCCCGUUUAGUUCAGCUAGCGUUUUUAGUUUAGUAAACAAGGGAACAUGUUUUAAGAUUAAUCAGUCGGUUACCUGGAGCCAUGGAGGGUGGUGUGAAGAGGUACAUCAGGAGUGAAUCGGCGAGUUGUGCUCAUAUGGUGGAGGAGAGUGCGGCCAACAACAGGAAGAGCGCUGACCCGCACGAGAAGCUGAAGGCUCUGUUGAACUCUCCGGAGGAGGAUACUGACGACUCGCUGCCGCCGUCAGACGCGCCCAAGUUUGGCACCGUCAUCCACAACAGGAUAUUCGUGGGAGGGUUCUCCCUCACCACCACAGAUGAGGACCUGUGGAAGUUCUUCUCAGGGUUCGCGACGGUGACGGCGGCGCGCGUCAUCUACGACCGCGCUGGCGUCUCCAAGUGCUACGGGUUCGUCACCUUCGCCAGCCCCAGAGUCGCACGGCUCAUCGUCAAACAGAGUGGCGGUGUGAUGUUCUCCCCACUUGGCCGGCUCAGAGUGGCGCAAGCAGUUAGAAAACAGAUGAGCCAGCUGCCGGUUGUGGGCGCGGAGGCGGCCCCCCUCGCCGCGCCGCUGUGCUACCAGCUGCUGUGUCCGCCGCUGGCGCCGCUGCCCGCCUGCGCACCCUGCGACCUCCCCCCGCACCCCUACGCGCUCUACCAGCUGCCCUUCGACACGACGCCGACAAUGUACGCGCCGCCGACGCAGUACACGCUGGUCCCGGCGGGGUACGGCGCGCCGUGCUGCGAGCCCGCGUGCUGCGCGCCCCUCGACAAGCCGCCGCGCGCCCCUCCGCAGCCGUUGCACCCGGCCUUCAUCUACUAGACCCCGCCCGCGCCGCCGCCGCCUGCACACCACGCUACACCUGCAUGAAGUUACAGUAAAUACUCCUGCUCUAAGUACUACUUGCAAAUACUUUGAAAAGAAAGGAUAGGGAAAGAUAGGCGUCUUCCAAAGCGAAUGUUUCUUCUUCACUUAUUUUGCUGAAAUAUAGAUCGUGGUCAAACGCAAAUCUAUUAAAAAAAUAUAUUGUAAAGUUUCAAAAGAUCAAAUUUAAACAUGAUUCGAAGGACCUAUACCUUCUAAGUAUCCACGAGAGAAUAAUACGUACAAGACGACAGCUUCUUCCCAAACAAAAGUAUGUAUGUUUCACUUCUCUGGCUAGAGAAUGUUUCUUAAAAAAUUAAAGUUCUAAUACUUAGUAUCUUACUGACAAAAGAAUCGAUAACAUAAUUAAAGGAAACUAGAAACCGUUUAUGAAAUAUUUGACAUAGUUUACUGUAACUCCAUGCAGACAAAUAAAGUAGUGUUAAGAUCCUAUAAACCUGAAGAAGUUAACAAUAUUUUCAGUACUGCCUCGCAGCUGUUUAAAAGUUCCCAUGUUAGAGUUUAUCUUACGUAAUAAUAUUUGAAUUUGUUAUAAUGCUAGCUCAGUCUCUCGAUGUUGUACACAAUAUAUUAAGAAUCGUUGUCCUUAAGAAUUCUAAAACUCUAGGUGUUUUCAUGUUGUCUUAAAUUGUACUAUCGUGUGGCCAUCACAGCUGCGAAACUGCGCUCCGUCGUGUAACCGACACAAAUUUUAUUUGGGGCCUUUAGCGCGUUGACAGUCAGUCAUCAUUUUAAUCCAUCUGUAACCAUGCGUUGCUAAUUCUUUAAAAUUAUCUUAUUAUCCAAUCAUAAUGAAUAGGGAAGCGAAGAAAUAAACAAUGAAACUCUAAGUAUUUUGUAAGCAAUUGUCCAUCGCGUUUGACUAACAGAUAGUGAAAUUAGACUCUUCAAAAAUGAAUAUUUGUUUGGAAAAUAUUUUACGUUGUAUCCAUUCCUUUGCUCAAGUCUUCCAGUCACUGUCAUGCUCAAAUCAUUUCAGUCUUCAAUCCAUUGUUCGUAUUUCCUCAUAGUCGUUACAUGUGUUGUUGUCUGUGGCUAGUCAAUGGACAUUAAGGAAAGCAAGGAAGAAACGUGAUGCAAGAAGUGUUCAGAUUAAAUUAGACUCUUGUCUAUUCGGGUGAGUGUUUUUGACGAUUUUGUCUUUAGCAUGUCUGAAUGUCUAUCUCUUAUUUAUAGGUAAAUCUUAAGAUAUAUUUAGCUUCAAACAGGUAUAUGUAAGGAUGAAACCGUGGAUUCGCGUGCUAUCAUUAAUGUUAUAGAUAUAAACGCGGGGAUGUCUUCAAUCACUUCGGCCACUUGAAUGACAGGCGGCUUCAGCCUGCGGUAUCUUUCAAAUUAGAAAUACUAAGUAAGUACAAAAUAAAGUUUUCGGACGUAUUACACACGUCUACAGUUUCAUUGCGUCUAAAGAAAUGUUGUCAUUCAAAUAAUGGUGUGAUUGAAGCAUCCGUGGCACAAUCAUUGUUAGUAAUACUGAUGUGCAUUAUAGGCACAACGAAUUAUAGCACAAAGAUAAGUUGCUAGUGAUUAGACAAGGUUACCUCUUAUAAAAGACAGAUUUGUUGAUAUCGCUUGUUAUCCUUUAAAAGGACUUUAGUUUUCCCUUAGUAUAAGAUUGUUUUCGAUUGCCCUAAGACCUAGAACAGAGAAAUAUAAUAUCUAUUUUUUAAAGUGUUUAGUUUUACGUGUUACUGUUGUCACUUUCGAAUAAUUCUGGGGUCCAAGAUAUGAUAGGAGCGGGAUUUUGAAAUUUUGCAAGCAAUAUCUUAGAGUCACAUUUUGAACACUCGUUUGAUACAAUUUUGGCAAAAUUUCGAACGCCUAAUUCCGAGUCCGUUGAAUUUUCAAGUUUGUCGAAAAAUAAUAGAUUUAAAGUUAUGUUUUCGUCGCACAACAGUAAAUAAUAACUCUUGAGAAUGUCCCAAAAGAUACCUGUGUACUAGUGAACUGUCCAGCCGGCGGUGGACAUAACGUUUCCAAGGUUAGCCAACCUUAUCAGCUGAUCGCACUGAUGUAAUGCACAAAAUAAUAUAGUUCAAGGUUAUCUUAACGAUAUGGUGAGUUUAUAAGAAAUCGAAACAUCGAAGUGGUUAUGUUCACGUCGUCAAUAUUUCAAUAAUAAUGUGUCCUUUAGACUUGUUACUGUGUGUGAAAAUUUUAAUAAUUAUUAAUAAGUUUUAUCAAAUCUUUAGAGAGAAUCAAAGCAAUCAAAUAAUUAAAUCGUCAAGAAUGUGAUAUGGAAUAUUUAAUAUAAUAGCAAUAGUUUCCUUUUAUAGAUUUUAAUGUAUUGUAGGUUCUUUUCACAACUUUCUUCAAUGACAAAAUUUAACCAGAACACGUAUAGGACCAAAGAAAUAAUUUCAGACAAACUUCAUCUAUAUAGUGUAACACUAAACUCACGUUUUAUAUACGUACUUACAUUGUUUGUAGUGUUGUUGUUAUCUUACUGUUGCUCCGGUUGAGCAUCCUCGGAUACAUGAGCGAUCAAUACCAAGUACUUGUUAUAUAUUCAACUAACUACUCACCCCUUACGUACUAAAUUCAACUGAUCAGUCAACAGAAAGUGUACACUUUGUAAUUUGUGUUCUUUCAUUUUGCGUUAUUUUUAAGUCUUUAAAAAAGCUUAAUGUAUUCUACUUUGUAUAAAAUUGGUACAUUGAUGACAGCAAUCGUUGAGUUCGCAGCAAAAUUAACUUUCUAUAUAUUGGUAUUGUUGUCCAAAGGUGUAGAUGUUAGCAUAGGAUGGCUUAAGUGUCUGAGUAUGCUCUGAGGUCUGCCUUCGGCCGUGAGGCUUCAUUCAAUUACUAUGUACAUCACGAUACGACUAGGUAUAUAAUGCUGUCAAUUGCUCGUCUUGGAUUUUUACAACUAUUUAUUGUUAGUUCUUAAUAUAAGUCUAGUUUUAACGUGUACUCUGCAAAGCUUCUUUGCUCGAAGUAUAAAUUUGAGCGACUUGAGUUCCUUAUUUUAAGUUACCUCACCCUAUAUAUAAAUUAUGAAAUAUUUUAUAAUGUGAUCUUCUGUCUGUGUUCGGUGUCGCACGUACAACAAAAUAUAUCCAAGCUAAAUUAUUAUUGAUAUAGAAUAUAUCGUGUCUAUCUUUAAGCAAAUUAUUCUAUCUCUAUCACGUAUCACUGCUUUCGGCCGCUGUCAACAACAGUGUGUGCUGCCUUUAUUGUAUUUUUAGGCCCUUGUACACAAACAUAUUUAACAAAACGUCUCACUUCGUAAGUCUGAUGUCAUUCCCGAAUAAUCAUUCGAGGUCGUUAUAUAACAAACUUAUUAUGUAAAAUAUAAUAUAUAUAUAAAGAUAUAUAACAUUAUUUAAACUAUAUUGUAGUAACGUACUCGCAUAGCAGCCACACACAGUUGCCGGCAGCGUCCUCAUCUACUCGUACGCAUAUUAUGUGGCCUAGCAAAUCUACUGCCUGACAUAUCGGAUAUAUUAAAUCAGAACGCUAUAGUCAUUUAUUUUUGGUAUAACGUGUCUUGUAUAUUAUCUCUCGCUAGACAAGUAUAGAUUCGUGAAACUAAAUGAUGUAAUUUAGACAAUAUUACUGUAAUCGAUGUAGACAGAACUAGAGAUAAGCAAACUAUAUUCUGUGUAUGUAUUGUUGUUGUAAGAAAGAAACGUCUAUAUAUUUGAACUAAUGUGACACUCGGCUUAGUAAAGUUGUGAUUUGAAAUCGGAUUUCCGAUUUCUGUAAUUCGUUAUAUGUUGCGUGAAUGCAUAAGUAAAGCUUAGGUGGAUAAUACAAAAAUGAUAAAAAAAUAUUAGAUAAAAUAUACCUAAUUUACUAUUGACCUAUUCACUGUUAGUUUGUGUGGUUACUUGAAUGCUGAGAUUGUUAUUUCCUUGAAGAGACUAAACAGUCCAUUGUUGUGCAAUUCUAAAAGAAAUCCGAUUUAUUUACGGAUGAGUCUGUCCUCUGUGUUAUUACUGAAUAAUGUUUAACUAUUAUUCAUAAAAUAAAAGUAUGAAUUGGUCUUUAAAUAGUCAAAAUUGGUUUCUUGCUGCGAUGCUUAAAUGAUCUCAAAUGAAAAAGGCGACGAAGUCGCGAGUCAAUGCUUCUAUUACGUAAUGCAUAAAGUCAAAACUACCUACAAGUGUGUAACACGAACUGCAGCGAGAGACCUUUGUGAAGAUGUCCUUAUAAUAUGUGGUGUAGUGUAGCAGUGAAAUCCGUCUUCAGUCACAAGUCAUAUUCCAUGUAAUGUACAGGGACGCAGACAAUACAGUUUCGUUGUUAGAGCUUACGUUCUGGAGGUUGUAUCCUCGGGGGUAAAUGGUGGUGCGAGAGUCUGCUGUGAGGGUGUCGCCUUGCCGGAGAACCGUUGUCGUACUCAGAUAUACGAACAUACGCGUUAUAGGACCUUCAUUCCAAAAUGAACUAAGUGUACAUACGUACGUGCGUGCAUACAUGAGUGUAUAUGUGCUACGUAUGUGCAGUUCCAUCUUUGAAUCAAAAUUAUUGUCUCCACAAGACAACACUCGACACAAGCGUUUGAUGUCAAACAUUUUGUCCAGUAAUUUAUAUCGAUGUUAGUGUCUUCCUCAACUACCCUCAGCUUCUUAAAUUCUUUAUAAAUAUUUCAUAUUUCGACGUUAUAUAAUAAGCAACUUCAAGCAAUCGUUUGCCAGGGCCAUGCCUCUAUUGACAUAAUGCUGAACUUGUUGAUUCAAAUGUUGCGAUUUAUUUACAAACAUAUUCCCUAUGUACUACUUAUUUUUUAAUGCAAUGAAUUAACUUUGAAAUGCCUCCAAAGCAUAUUUACUAUAAAUGUUAAAUGUUAUCUACAGUUCUACUCACAUUAUUGUUGAGCAAUAGUCCUCGUGAAGAUUGCGAUCAGAUGUUUUUGUGGUACAUUUCAGUGUUAAGUCCAAUUUUGGGCAUUUUGUGUCGAGAGAGCGGUAUUGUUUCUCGUGAAAUCACACAAAACACAAUUUUGAUAAAUCUUUACAUAUUUGUAGUACAAUGUUUUCCUUAUAGUUUUACCCCUUUUAGAGAUAUACUUACUAAUUGUACAUGACGCAACAUUAUUAUUUGUUGAUUAUCGAUAGAUGUAUUUCAUAGUAAUAUUUUCAUUGUUGACUACUUUUAAGAAUCCCUUUAGAACGCUACGCAUCAAACAAAAGGCUUUUAAUAAUCGACCACUAUUUAGUCGUAACAUGUGGCACUAAAUACAAAUAUAAAAAUUAUAUUUAAUAGUAAAUAUAAAAGUAUGAGUCAAGCUAUCUCUUUCUAUUUGUAGUUGAAAUAUAUCUAUUCUACGUAAUUAUCAAUAUACGUGUGUUAGUAUUGAAUUCUAAAAGUAAAAAUAAAUUUUGCUAAUAAUAUAGAGGUAAAAAAUGUUUACUUUUUAUCAAUAAUUAUAUAAAAGGUGAUUUGAUUAAACUUUUCAGUAAUGGCGUAAAUGAAUGAUAAUUGUAGCAUACACGAAUAACACUCAUGAUGUAACUGCGGCAUUGCGUGUCCUUGUAGGUGCGGCUCGGAGUCAUAAUCGUGUAACUUUUGUUUUUCUUACUUACAAUCAACAUCUCGAGAAUUUCGAUUCGUUGAAAGUGACAACUCCUGCCAAUUUACUGCAAUUUCAGCUAAUGAAAGGACGGGAUUAUUAUCUAUUUAAAUAAAAAAAGUCACACGAACGAACAUCCCUCUGAACGCUCGCACUUGCGCGCGCCGCUCCACACACCGCACUCACGCGCACAGGACGAUCGUAAUACGAAUUAAAUGUACUUAAGUGGAAUAUUUUCUGUAACUACACCAUUGUAUCAUCGAAUGUAUGGUAAUUGUUGAUUGUUAUUUAAUUAAAUAUAAAUUAUAUUAUUGUCUAGUUAUUACUGUAUGUGAUAUUGUUAUUGGAAAUAAUAGAUUUUAAAUGCUAAUAAAGUAAUUACUUACUAAUAAUUCUAUAUUCUCCUUGUUGACUUGUGUGUGAAAUAGGUUAACUCUUGUAAGCCACUUGUUAGCAGCGGGCGUGUGACGUCAUGGCCGCGCCCGCCUCCAUAUGAUACAAAUUUCUGCUUCCAUAAAUCAAUUAUGUAGCUGGAGUAUGUGUGAAGUUGUAUAUCACUAUGAUGUUGAUGAGAACUCUAACUCUAUAAUUUCACGCUAUUAAAAGUAGAUUAUUAUUUGUAUUAUUUUACUUUAGUAAGUACAAACACAAAAAUAAAUAAAUUUAAACAAAAAUUAUUCAAAAAAUAACUGGUACAAAAGGUUUUUAUGACGAAAACUUCUUCCAAGCAAUUUUUACAUAACAUUAUGAACUUACUUUCUUUAUUUGUUAUAAGUUAUAGUUGAAUGUUCGAGUCAACAAUGUAGUGAGCACGCCAUAUCAAUGGAUAUCCAACACGGACUCACGGUAGCACUAAGUACAAUAAAUAAUGAAGCAAUAACGAAUAAUGUAUUAUUAAGUCACGUAUUAUAAUAAUAAAUUAAUUAAUGUAA